GCCAUGCAAACUUGCCGUUUCCAGCCUUAAACGCUCUCAAACACAAACUAUCUCUUUAUCUUCUCUAAAUUUGGCAAUCUGUCUCACAUACAUUUCCAAUGCCCUUAUUAAAUAACUCUUCUCACAAAACCUGAAACACCAUAUUCCAAACCAAACCAACCAGACCUCUCUGUCCCAAACUGAAUUGUUGGAGGAGACAAAGAAUUUUGAUUUUUUUCCUUGUACUUUUAUAUCAUCUGCUCAAGAAAUUGAAAUGGGGAGAGGUAAGAUAGAGAUAAAGAGGAUCGAGAAUUCAAAUAGUAGGCAAGUUACCUUCUCUAAAAGGCGAGCAGGUUUGCUCAAGAAGGCUCACGAAUUGGCCACUCUUUGUGAUGCUGAGGUGGCUGUUAUAAUCUUCUCUAAUUCUGGCAAGCUUUUCGAGUUUUCAAGUUCUGGCAUGAAGAAAACACUUUCCAGAUAUAACAAGUGUAUGAACUCUCUGGAGAUUGCUGUAGCAGAACACAAACCCGAGAAGCAAGGGACUAAGGAAGUCAAUAUUCUAAAAGAUGAAAUUGCAAAGCUACAAAUAAAGCAGUUGCAACUUAUGGGCAAGGACCUGAAUAGCUUGAGCUUAAAGGACUUGCAGCUUCUAGAACAGGAAUUACAGGAGGGACUGUCAUUUGUGAAGGAGAAAAAGGAGCAACAACUGAUGGAGCAACUGGAACAAUCAAGAGCACAGGGACAGCAGGCAAUGCUGGAGAAUGAAACUUUGCGCAGACAGGUUGAGGAACUUCGGGGUGUCUUUCGAUCUACUGAUCAAGUCUCACCAGUCCCACCAUAUUUGGAGUACUAUCCUCUAGGAGGAAACAAUUCUCUUGUAAACCAUAGUUCUGCAAGUCCUGAAGUGGCCUCCGAUAUUGUAAUGGAAAAGGGAGAUUCAGACACUACCCUGCAUUUAGGGCUGCCAAGCAAUUCUUGCCGCAAGAGGAAGACACCCGAAGGAGAAACCAAUUCCAAUGACUCAAGGAGCCAACUGGGCCAACCAUAACCCCUUGCCAUCACUUCUGAUAGAAACAACAGAAAAUGAAAUAAUUUUGUUACAGUUGCUUGUAGCUUUAGCAGUUUUUUCUGAAUCAUCAAAGCAGGGACUUUAUAUGCAUAUAAUUGAAGCUAAUAUUUCAGAUGAUGAUGAUGAAAAACGUUGUAGUUACUCUUUUAUUAUUUUUCAAAGUAAUGAUCAGAGUACAUUUCCAAAGUUUA